AUGUCCGGGCUGAAGUUGAACGGGGCUCUGAUUCUGUGUGUCCUGAUGCUGCCGUUCUCUCGGCCGAGCAGUCAGGUGCUGGACUGUCGCGAAGUGCGCUCGUCUUUCCAGUUUUUGUACCCGGGGAUGAAAUGGACCCCAGAAACGCCAGUCUCAGGCUCAGAUCUGCAGGUGUGCCAGCCGAAAGGCCUGACCUGCUGCUCUCGCAAAAUGGAGGAGCGCUACUUGCUCAUUGCCAAACAGAAUAUGGAGUCCAGUCUCCAGGCCACCAGCGCUCAGCUCAAAGUUCUCAUCAUUCAGAAUGCCGCCCUCUUUCAAGAGGCUUUUGACAUGGUCCUCCGUCUUGGACGUAAUUCCACUCUGACGCUGUUACGGGAGUUUCCCGGUUUGGGGGCGGGAGCAAGCGGAGCAGUCACACAGUUAUUCCUAGAAAUGUCCCUCUACAUCCUGGGCUCCGAUGCUAAUGUAAACGACAUGGUCUCUAGCUUCUUCUCUCACCUGUUUCCUUUCACCUACCGGCGUCUGCUUGGAAACGGGGCGGUGACGGGCAUCUCGGAUGAAUGCCUCCGUGGGGCCUGGAGGGGAAGCUCUGCGUUCGGGUCCUUUCCCAAGAUGAUGAUGACCCGGCUGUCUCGCUCGCUCCUGGCCACUCGGGUCUUCCUGCAAGCGCUGAACCUGGGCAUCGAAGUGGUCAACACCACCCAGCACCUGCGUGCGGGCAGGGACUGUGGGCGCUCGCUGCUGAAGCUCUGGUACUGUCCGCACUGUCAAGGCCUGCUGGAGGCCCGGCCGUGUCGCCCACUGUGUGUCAGCACCAUGGGGGUGUGUCUGGGGGGAGCGGCGGAGGUGCAGCCUCAUUGGAGGUCAUACGUGGAGGGACUGGGGUCACUCGCCGCUGCCAUGAAGGGGGAGCAGGACAUCGAGGCCGUGGUGCUCAGACUGCACGUCAUCAUCAGCCAGGCUCUCAAACAAGCCGUGGCGGCCAAAAGCAAAGUCAGCGCACAGGUGAGUGGGAUAUGUGCACAUGCACCCUCGCGGGUGUCUCGUGCCGCAGUACUGUCUGCAGAACAUGCACCUGCCUCGCCGAUGCCCCACAAUCGUCCCACGGUGAACUUUGACCCUGAUGAGACCCUCUUUGGACGCCGCAGGGAGUUUAUCUCGGGUCUGAGGGGCUUCAGUCAGUUCUACAGUGGCCUCGGAGAAGCCCUGUGCAGCAAAGAGCCGGCGGCACUCAACGGUUCCCUCUGCUGGAACGGACAGGAGAUGACAGAAAAGUUUCCUGGUCCAGGGAUAAAGAAAGUCCCUCCACACGGCUCAGAAUCCAGACAAAAACCACCUGAACCCGUCAUCAGCCAGAUCAUCGACAAACUCAAACACAUCAAUCAGCUUUUGCAGAUGGUGACAUUGCCCGAAAAGCGAUGGAGGGCUCGACCAGGAGGGGGCGCUGCGAGGAGAGUCCCAGCUGGACAAGGCCAGGCAGACGAGGAUGAGGAGGGUCUAGAAAGCGGGGACUGUGAUGAUGAAGAUGAGUGUACUGGUGUUUCUGGACUCGGGCCGCCUCCGAGACGCAAACGCCUGCGCAUUUUUGCAGGGAUCCUGUAUAAGGGAAAUGGUGAGAACGUCUUCCUCUCCCAGCUUCCUCCCAUCAUCAGCACCAUAAUGGGGAAUGGCAGACGCAGAAGCAUCUCCUGUCCGAGCUUAACAAUCCCGCUCACCGCUAACUACCUGACCACGGAUCCAUCACGGGGCGGCUCUACGUGUCCGACACCAACUCCAGGCGCAUCUACAGCCCACAUGCACUCCUGGCCGGCUCUGAGUCCCAGCAGAACGUGGAGGUUGUGGUGGGAACCGGAGAUCACUGUCUGCCUUUUGAUGAAACUCAGUGUGGGAGACGGAGGACCAGCCACUGAGGCUCUCCUUACAGGACCAAAGACAUACGGACAGACCGAGACGGAGUGA